AACUUAACUCACAAUAUAUCCGGUGAAGGAAUUAUUUAAAAUAUGCCAGAAAAUGGGGAAGCUCCUUAAUAUUAAAUCUGUGCGGAAGGAAACAGAUAGUAUAGCUUAUGUCUUUGUUGAUGGAAAGUUUAUAGCCUCUGCUUCCGCUGCCAAAAAGGAUCUGGCUAAACUUGAAGCUGCCAAGAUUGCGUUGGAUACACUUGCACCUCUGCUUCCUCCCACCAGUAUGAGGCCUUCCAUUACUGACAUGCAGCUAAGAGCUAAACAAAAACUAAACGAACUCUGUCAGAAUAAGAAAUGGCCUAAGCCAGAAUACAGUAUUGCAGAGGAGUCCGGUCCCGCUCAUGGGAAGAGAUUCGUUUGUUCUGUUAAGAUAACUAUUGAAGAAGAGGAGGGGGGUUUUCUGCUAAGGAAUGGCUGCGAAAAAUCUAAGUUAAAGGAUGCUGAGAACUCUGCUGCUUCCAUGAUGUUGAGAACUCUGCUGCUUCCAUGAUGCUGAGAACCUUACUUGGGGUGUAAUGAUCACAGAUAAUGAGAGUGACGUUGUAAUUUUUUCUGGAAAAUGUUGUACUUGCAGCAGUUGACAAUUGAUUAUGCCUGACUCUAGUUUUGCAGGGUAAGGGCCCAUAUAUCAUGAAUGGGUUAAAAUGUAUAGGAUUUAAGCUCCACCAUCGUGUGGUUUUUCACGCCACACCCUAUAUUGGCGCAACCACUUGCGUGGCGAGAUAUUAGGAUAAGGAUAGAUCAAUACUAAUUUUGAUGUUUUAAAAUAUAUUAAAAAAUUAAUAUAUCAAACAUUAGAAUA